AUGAAUUUAAUAAUUAAUGAGUUAGUUAAUCCUUAUUCAUUUGAUUUAAAAAACCACGAUUCAGAUAAUAUUAUGAUGGUGGCGAGUAAUGAAAGUGAAGUUAUUGUAAAUGCUACAAGCCCAGAAGAAGUUGAUUUAUCUGAUUGUGAAAGUGUUGUUGGUAAUAAAAGAAAACGAAGUACAAAAAAAGAAAUAUUGAAAUGGAAACGUGAAGUCAGUAAAAAAAAAAGAAUGCAUGGAGAGUGUUACAUGGGUUACAGUAGAAAUGGUAAAAUUGUUGAACAUAACAAAAUAAGAAGAGAAAGAACUAUGAAACCAAGAUGUAGUUCUAAAAAAAUGCAUCAACUCAAGAUAUUGUCAACAAUUUAA